CUCGAGGCUAACAACACCAACAAGAUUAACGCAGGAGAAGGAAGUCUAAAAGCUAAAUGGCGUGAAACGGACGGUUGCGGAACCCUAAAGUCGAACCACUACCGGGAAAUCACCUCGCCGGAGAAGAAAUCAUAAAGCAGUAGCCUUUGCUUAAAUAAUCGAUCUUCCGUAUAAACCCUGUCAUCUUGUAGGCAGUAGGAUUAAAAAGUUUGAGUGGAGCAUUAUGAAGAGAGGAGUCUCAGCUAUUCUGUGUACCUCCUCAUUUCAAGAACCUUGAAGAAACUGAGAUCUUUACGCAUUGAAAAUGUGGUAGGAGUUUUUGUUGAAUCUAGUGACGCUCUUCUUCUUAAAGUCUCGGGAAAAAGCAGGAAUUAGUUUAGGACGAGAAGGCAGCAGAGAAGCUAGAGUGUGAGGAAAUGGAAUGUAAUAAAGAUGAGUCCGUAAAGGCAAAAGAAAUUGCAGAGAGGAAAUUUUUGGCUAAGGAUCUCGCCGGAGCAAAGAGAUUUGCGUUGAAGGCCCAAAGUUUGUAUCCUAGCCUGGAGGGUAUUCAACAAUUCGUGGCAACACUUGAUGUGCAUGUAGCAGCAGAAAGUAAGAUAAAUGGGGAAGCAGAUUGGUAUGCGAUUCUUGGUGCUGAUCCACAAGCUGACGAUGAGACGAUACGAAAGAAGUACAGGAAGCUUGCCCUGUUGCUUCACCCUGACAAAAACAAGUCUAUAGGAGCUGAUGGAGCAUUUAAGCUUCUUUCUGAGGCAUGGAGUUUAUUAUCAGAUAAGAAUAAGAGAUUAGUGUAUGACCAUAAGAGGCGGAAUGUUAAAGUAUCUCAAAAGGUUUCAAACCCUGCUGAAGGCACAUCGACAACAGCAGGGUCCAGUGGUUUUUAUAACUUUACAACAUCGAAUACGAAGACACAGAAAAAUACUCAGACACAGAAGAAUACUCAGACACAGAAGAGUAAUCCUCGAACUAGUCAAUCCUCAGCUACAGCAGCUUCUCAAAAGCCGAAGUUUAGUACCUUUUGGACUGUGUGUCAUAAAUGCAAGAUGCAGUAUGAGUAUCUUAGAGUUUAUCUUAAUCAUAAUCUCCUAUGCCCCAACUGUCACGAGCCAUUUUUAGCGGUUGAGACAGCUCCCCCACCUUCAAGUGGUCCUAAAACUUCUACUACUUGGAACUUUUCUCAGCAGCGACAGAGCUCAAAUCAUCAUUCUUCUAGUAAAAAUACAUCUGGUAGUAACAAUAUGGCCCCUCCAAAUGCCGGAUCAGGAGGUUUCAGUGGGCAAGAUUCAUCUAAUCAGACCAACUUCCAAUGGGGUCCAUUCUCCAAAGUAGGCGGUGCAUCAUCUGUUGUGCAAGCUGCAAGUGUGGUUCAUCAAGCAUAUGAAAAAGUUAAGAGAGAGCGUGAGGAAUCACAGGCAGCCAUUAAAAGAGAGGAGGCCCUUAAGCGAAAGAAUAAUGUCUCCAAAAAAAUGGGCGGUGCAUCAUCUAGUGGGUACUCCGAUUCUGCUAAGAAAAGGAGAAACAAUGAAGAUGUUGGUCCGAGUAACUGUGGAAGCAUAAAUAAAAUGGGUGCAGGGGGAGAAGCUAGAAAAUUUGAUUUAUCUGGAUCUAAGAUGGGAAAUGAAACAAGUAGAGUCAACGGAAUCUCUCAGCCGCAUGGCCCUAGGGAUGGUACUCGAUUUGGACGUGAAACCAUUCUGAUGGAGAAGGCUAGGAGAGAUAUUCGUGAGAAACUAAGUGAGUUUAACUCACGUAAAAUAACUCAAUCUGCUGUUAAAAAUGUGACAAGCAAUGCUAAUGAAAGUAACGGAGAAGUAUUUCAGAGGGAGUUUGAUAUGUCUGAUCAGAAGAUGUCUGCCGAACCAUCAGAUGUAGAGAAUGGUAAGUGUUCUUCUGAUACUUCUGGUGCAAAAGCAGACGGAGAAGCUCUGGAACAGAUAUCAAUAGGUGUUCCUGAUCCAGACUUUCAUAAUUUUGACAAGGGUAGAACUGAGGAGUGCUUUGGAGAAAACCAGGUAUGGGCAGCAUAUGAUGGUGAUGAUGGGAUGCCCCGGUACUAUGCCUUGGUCCAUAAAGUAAUCUCUUUGAAUCCAUUUAAAAUGAAGAUCAGUUGGCUUAAUUCAAAAACUAACAGUGAACUGGGUCCCCUAAACUGGGUUGGCUCUGGAUUCUCAAAAACAUGUGGUGAAUUUAGAGUAGGCAGAUAUGAGAUCUAUACCGCACUUAAUUCCUUUUCACACAAGGUAAAGUGGACAAAAGGCAAUCGUGGGGUUAUUCAGAUAUACCCUAAGAAAGGAGAUGUUUGGGCUCUCUAUCGGAAGUGGUCUCCUGACUGGAAUGAGCUGACAGAAGAUGAGGUAAUACAUAAGUAUGACAUGGUUGAAGUGCUUGAAGAUUUCAGUGAUGAACAAGGUGUCCUUGUGGCUCCGUUAGUAAAGGUUGCUGGUUUCAAGACUAUAUUCCACCAGCAUUUGGACCCUGGAGAAAUCAGGUCUAUUCCUAAAGAAGAGAUGUUUCGGUUUUCUCAUCAUGUUCCCUCAUACUUGCUUACAGGUCAAGAAGGUCCAAAUUCUCCAAAAGGUUGUCGGGAGCUGGACCCCGCAGCUACUCCACUAGAUCUACUUGAAGUGAUAAUAGAUGUCAAGGACAAAGAGAUAAGCAAUGAGGAAAAACUGAAAGAAGAUAGAAGAUAAACAGGUGGUGAUGAUUGGAACAAAUCUCUAAUAGCUGUGGAUACAAGGGAAACUAUAAAGAUAGAGAAGAUGUAGGAAUCGAAGAGUAUGAGUAGAAUAUGCUGUAGACAGGCAGCACUAGGAAUUUUUGACAAUAUAUAUAAUCUUAUUCAUCUUAUUUAGGUCGACUGACGGGCUGCGAUUUUGCUUCAAGUUGUGUCAGCUGAAUCUGAUAAACCACGAUGAUGAAGAUAACGUAGUGAAGGCAUGACCAUAGUCUAUGCUGAUUUUGUGAGAUGGUGUCUCAUAUUUUUGUCCCAGCAACCUGUAAUAGACACGAAAAUGCUUUUACAGGAACAAUGGUUAUUAUUUUCCAGAGAAAUCAUAUAGGUCUUUUUGCUCGUUGUAAAUCAAGAAGAUACCUUUGAAACGAUUUGUAUAUUCUUGGUCGAUGGAGAUAGUCUUUUGCAUAGACUCUCCUAAAUUUGUGAUUAUCAUCUGUCUCUA